AUGGCUUCCCGUAUCCCGCGAUAUCGUUCUGUACAAUCUUUCGAAACUGGCUAUGUUACUCCUCCUGCUUCCACAUCGUCUGGCGCGUCCACUCCGUCCAGCGCCGUCUUCGACCUCCCUCUUGCCCCUCUGUCCCCUCUAUCGCCUACUCUCGAAUUCGGCGACUCGGAGCCGAGUACUAGCCCGUGUGAGAAUAUAAUCUUCGACUUGGGCGACGUCCUCUUCACUUGGACGGCCGAGACUAAGACGCGCGUCAACCCCAAAAUGCUCAAGAAGAUACUCCGCUCUGCGACUUGGUUUGAGUUCGAGAAGGGUAACCUCACUGAGCAAGAGGCGUAUGAUACUGUUGCAGCCGAGCUCCGUGUCGAGUCCUCCGAUGUCCGCGAAGCGUUCCAGGCCGCCCGUGACUCGCUAAAGAGUAAUCCUCAGCUCGUCUCGCUAAUCCGGCAGCUCAAGGAGCAGCACGGCAUCCGCGUGUUCGCCAUGUCCAACAUUUCCGCACCUGAUUUCGCUGUCCUUCGCGGGAAGGUCGCUCCUGAAGAACUGAAGCUCUUUGAGCGUGUGUUCACAAGCCAUGAGGCCCGUGAGCGCAAGCCCAACCUCGGAUUCUACAAGUAUGUUCUGGAGCAGACAGGAGUCGAUCCCGUGCGAACUCUCUUCAUUGAUGACAAGCUUGAGAAUAUUCUCCCUGCGCGAUCUCUCGGCAUGAAGGGCAUCGUAUUUGACAACUUCGAGAACAUGGCUCGUCAGCUACGCAAUUACGUCGGCGAUCCCAUCGGCCGCGCGCAGGCAUGGCUUAAGGAUAACGCAAAGAAGAUGCUCUCCGUCACGAACACUGGUGUCACUGUUCACGAAAACUUUGCGCCGCUUCUCAUCUACGAGGCAACCGGUGAUCGUUCCCUCGUCGAGUACGUUGAGCACCCGCGUUUGUUCAAUUUCUUUAUUGGGGAACCGGUGAUGACUACAGAGGAGUUCCCGUUCGACCUCGACACUACCUCUAUUGGUCUCACAGUGUCUACUCAUGUCGACUAUGAGACCAAGAUGAGCGUGAUGGACGAGAUGCUCACAUAUGUGAACAAAGAUGGGAUCAUUCAAACUUACUUUGACCCGUCCCGACCACGGACCGAUCCUAUCGUCUGUGUGAACGUGCUUACAUUCUUCUACAUGCAUGGCCGCGGAUCCGAGCUCGAGUCGACUCUUGACUGGGUGUACUCCAUUCUGCAACAUCGCGCAUACAUGGACGGCACACUCUACUACUACACUGCCGACUGCUUCCUGUUCUUCCUCUCCCGCUUGCUCUCUGUCGCACCCCCCGUGUACUCACGGUUUGCUCCACUAUUCGCACGUCGUGUUUUUGAACGCUCUGGAGCAGACGGCGACGCACUUGGUCUUGCAAUGCGUAUCAUUGCGGGAGCCGCCGUAGGUGUACGGAUGUACGUUGACCACGAGCGACUACUAAAGCUGCAAGAGGAAGACGGCAGCUUCCCUCUCGGAUGGGCUUACAAAUACGGCGGGUCAGGCAUCUUACUAGGCAACAAGGGCUGGACAACUGCGCUUGCGGUGCAAGCAAUCCAGGCUUUCAAUGCACUUGACAGGGAGCUCUUCUAG